CGCGGCAAACCUUUGGUAGAUUGACGUCCCUUUAGUCGAACCAGGAGGCCGGUUUUACAUCGGCAUACCAAUCCCAUCUUCACGAGUCCCACCCCUUUAUUCUUAGCCAGCUGCUUCCCUGCCGGAGUGACGGGCCCGGCUGCCUCUGAGGGUUCAGUUUCUUUUGAUGGACAUUCAUACUGAUGAAUCAGCUCGCUGGGAAGUCGAGAGGGUGUUGAAAAGCGUGCAUCGGAACUAAUAGUUUAGCGGCAAGGCCUAGCGCCGUCCAAUCACUUCUCCGGCCGCCGCCAAUCACCCCGGGCCCCGCCCCCCGCGCGUGACGUAACUAGGGUGGGUAGCAACAGUUGCCCCGGUGAGGGAAACGGAGGCGCCAUAGCCACGGUAGUCGUGGCGACCAAGCAACCCGGCAACGCGAGUCAACAACAACAACCGCCCGGCCGACCCCCCACCCCCACCCCCCAGGCCCGGCCCGGGGACCCCAGCACGUCCCGUCCCCUUCCCAACAUCGACUCCGAGACCUCCGAAAAGCCUUUCCGCAGACAGAAGUGGGGAGAAGCGGAGAGACGGGGUUUCGCCAUGUUGGCCAGACUGGUCUCGAACUCCUGACCUCAGCUGAUCCACCUGCCUAGGCCUCACAAAGUGCUGGAAUUAUAGGUGUGAGCCACCGUGCCUGGCCUGAUCUCAUUGGAUCUUUGCAGCAAUUUGAUGAAUUGGGUGUUCUCGUUAUCCCCAGGUGACAGGCAACUGAGGCCCAGAAGAAGGAAUUAAAAAAAAAAAAAGCCUUAUUUAUUAUCAUUUUCCCCACCGUUGGCAUGGCAACACAGGCAUAUACUGAGCUACAGGCAGCCCCGCCACCAUCCCAGCCGCCACAGGCCCCACCACAAGCCCAGCCCCAACCGCCACCGCCACCACCCCCAGCGGCACCCCAGCCCCCGCAGCCACCCACCGCUGCUGCCACCCCUCAGCCCCAAUAUGUCACCGAGCUGCAGAGCCCCCAGCCCCAGGCACAGCCACCGGGUGGCCAGAAGCAGUACGUGACGGAGCUCCCGGCUGUACCCGCACCCUCGCAGCCAACCGGUGCACCCACCCCUUCGCCUGCACCCCAGCAGUACAUCGUGGUCACUGUCUCUGAAGGUGCCAUGCGGGCCAGCGAGACAGUGUCGGAGGCCAGCCCCGGCUCCACCGCCACCCAGACCGGCGUUCCUACUCAGGUGGUUCAGCAGGUGCAGGGCACCCAGCAGCGGCUGCUGGUCCAGACGAGCGUGCAGGCCAAGCCAGGCCACGUGUCGCCGCUCCAGCUGACCAACAUCCAAGUGCCCCAGCAGGCUCUUCCCACGCAGCGUCUGGUGGUGCAGAGCGCAGCCCCAGGCAGCAAAGGUGGCCAGGUCUCCCUGACGGUCCAUGGUACCCAGCAGGUGCACUCGCCCCCAGAGCAGUCGCCGGUGCAGGCCAACAGCUCUUCCAGCAAGACUGCCGGGGCCCCCACGGGCACGGUGCCACAGCAGCUGCAGGUCCACGGCGUCCAGCAGAGUGUCCCCGUCACCCAAGAGGUGCCAGGCCAAGGCGGGCAGCGGCUCGGGCCAGGGAGAUCUGUGGUCCAGGCCACUCCACAAGCGCCCAAACCCGGCCCGGUGCAGCCGCUGACCGUGCAGGGCCUCCAGCCAGUCCACGUGGCUCAAGAGAGCUCAGGCAGUCAGUUUCCCGCUAGGAAGGCAGAGCAGCGAGAUCCCCGGCCCACGCCGCCGCCGGAGCCGCCGCCCCGGCCGCCCGCGUGCAGCGGCGAGGCCCCGCAGCUAGGCAGCCCCGAGCCGCCGCCGCCCCAUUACGAGCCGGGCGCCGAGCAGUGGGUGGAGCUGGUGGGCGUGCUGCCCCCACACCUGCUCCUGCCGCAGCAGAAAGUGGUCUUCGAGCCACUGCCCCGGCUCCCGGCCCGAGCCAGCCCCGACCAGAGGGUCAGGAUCCAGAGAAUCCCCCAGGUGCUAGUGUUCGGCACGGCCGCCACGGCCCUCAAAGUGCAGCAGCUCCAGCAGGUGCCCGUCCCACACGUGUACUCCAGCCAGGUGCAGUAUGUGGAGGGCGGCGAUGCCAGCUACACGGCCAGUGCCAUCCGUUCCAGCACCUACUCCUAUCCCGAGACGCCGCUGUACACACAGACGGCAAGCACCAGCUACUACGAGGCCGCAGGCACGGCCGCCCAGGUCAGCACCCCCGCCACCUCCCAGGCGGUGGCCAGCAGUGGCUCCAUGCCCAUGUACGUGUCCGGCAGCCAGGUUGUCACCAGCUCCACCAGCACUGGGGCUGGGGCCAGCAACAGCAGCGGAGGUGGUGGCAGUGGUGGUGGCAGCGGCGGCGGGGGAGGCGGUGGCGGGGGUGGCAGUGGCAGCACCGGAGGCGGCGGCAGUGGAGCAGGCACCUACGUGAUCCAAGGCGGCUACAUGCUGGGCAGUGCCAGCCAGUCUUACUCUCACACCACCCGUGCCUCGCCAGCCACGGUCCAGUGGCUCCUGGACAACUAUGAGACGGCUGAGGGCGUGAGUCUGCCACGGAGCACCCUGUACUGCCACUACCUACUGCACUGCCAGGAGCAGAAGCUGGAGCCCGUCAACGCCGCCUCCUUCGGCAAGCUCAUCCGCUCCGUCUUCAUGGGCCUGCGAACCCGCCGUCUGGGCACCAGGGGCAACUCCAAGUACCACUACUACGGCCUGCGCAUCAAGGCCAGCUCACCCCUGCUGCGGCUGAUGGAGGACCAGCAGCACAUGGCCAUGCGGGGCCAGCCCUUCUCGCAGAAGCAGAGGCUCAAGCCCAUCCAGAAGAUGGAAGGCAUGACCAACGGCGUGGCGGUGGGGCAGCAGCCGAGCACGGGGCUGUCGGACAUCAGCGCCCAGGUGCAGCAGUACCAGCAAUUUUUGGAUGCCUCUCGGAGCCUCCCUGACUUCACAGAGCUCGACCUCCAGGGCAAGGUGCUGCCUGAGGGCGUCGGGCCCGGGGACAUCAAAGCCUUCCAGGUCCUGUACCGGGAACACUGUGAGGCCAUUGUCGACGUCAUGGUGAACCUGCAGUUCACCCUGGUGGAGACGCUGUGGAAGACCUUCUGGAGGUACAACCUCAGCCAGCCCAGCGAGGCGCCACCGCUGGCCGUACAUGACGAAGCCGAGAAGCGACUGCCCAAAGCCAUCCUGGUGCUCCUCUCCAAGUUCGAGCCCGUGCUCCAAUGGACCAAGCACUGUGACAACGUGCUGUACCAGGGCCUGGUGGAAAUCCUCAUUCCCGAUGUGCUGCGGCCCAUCCCCAGUGCCUUGACCCAAGCGAUCCGGAACUUUGCCAAGAGCCUGGAGAGCUGGCUCACCCACGCCAUGGUCAACAUCCCCGAGGAGAUGCUGCGGGUGAAGGUGGCUGCGGCCGGCGCCUUCGCGCAGACACUGCGGCGCUACACGUCGCUCAACCACCUGGCGCAGGCGGCGCGCGCUGUGCUGCAGAACACCGCACAGAUCAACCAGAUGCUGAGCGACCUCAACCGCGUGGACUUCGCCAACGUGCAGGAGCAGGCCUCGUGGGUGUGCCGCUGCGAGGACCGCGUGGUGCAGCGGCUGGAGCAGGACUUCAAGGUGACGCUGCAGCAGCAGAACUCGCUGGAGCAGUGGGCGGCCUGGCUGGACGGCGUGGUGAGCCAGGUGCUCAAGCCCUACCAGGGCAGCGCCGGCUUCCCCAAGGCCGCCAAGCUCUUCCUCCUCAAGUGGUCCUUCUACAGCUCCAUGGUGAUCCGGGACCUGACCCUGCGCAGCGCCGCCAGCUUCGGUUCCUUCCACCUCAUCCGGCUGCUCUACGACGAGUACAUGUACUACCUGAUCGAGCACCGCGUAGCCCAGGCCAAGGGCGAGACCCCCAUCGCCGUCAUGGGCGAGUUCGCCAAUCUGGCCACCUCCCUGAACCCCCUGGACCCCGACAAAGACGAGGAGGAAGAAGAGGAGGAGGAGAGCGAGGACGAGCUGCCGCAGGACAUCUCACUGGCGGCUGGCGGCGAGUCACCCGCGCUGGGCCCAGAGACCCUGGAGCCGCCGGCCAAGCUGGCGCGGACUGACGCGCGCGGCCUCUUCGUGCAGGCGCUGCCCUCCAGCUAAGCCCUUGGCCUCCCCGCCCCACCCGCCCCCGCCACCCCUCCACGCCAGGGUCCUUCAAAGCUUCUGUGGCUUCGUGGUCACUGCUCCAGCCUCAGCCAGGGCAGGGAGGGGGACUCCGAGACAGGGAAGGCCGGGGCCCUCCUCCCUUAUGGGGCCGGCACAAUCAGUGGGCUGGGCGGAGCCGCAGCUGCAAACUCUGACACAAAAGACGUGCCUUAAGGAACCCGCCGCGUGCCCAGGUGCCCCGCGGGGCAUCCAGCUCGGCCCCUUGGCCGCCCCCCUCCCAGGCCGCAGCAUCUUCUCCCCAGCCCCGUCCUCCCACCACCCCAGGGGGCAGGCAGGCAGGCCCCCUCCCGUGCGGAACUGUUAACUUAUUCAGCUCGCUGGCUUUGCACAGCCUGUCCUGGGCCCAGCCCUGAGCCCCGGGCCGGCGCAGGUGGGCGUCACCUGGGGACUCCCCACUGUCAGCAGCAGCCCCGGGACCCCCUACCCCCAGCAACCCCACUGCUUCCCCUUCUUGGUAUUAAGUGCAAUUAAAGCCGUGGGUGUCGCAUCUUCUCCAGCGCUGGGCCCUCCCUUGCCCCCAAGCCCAAGAAGGGGGCACUGCCCGGCCCGGCUGUGAGGAGGGCGGCAGGGGGCACGGCCUCCAGCUUCCAAAGAGCAGCGAGCCGCGGAGCCGGGGAGUGCCCACAGACCCCAGCCCCCGCGCCCCCGCCCUCCGCCGCUGGUUUGUAAUGGAACCUUUUCUGUGCCCCUAUCUUCCCGGAGACCGUGCUUCUCCUCCGUGCCGUGCGACCCCCACCCCAUGACUAUUGUGCGAUUCGUGAGCGCCGCCCGAGCGGAGUUGGUAACUUGUUGGGUUUUUUUCCAACCAUCAUGGCCUUAUCUGUUCCAGUUUUCUCAGUGUUUUCAGCCUGUGAGAUAGAUGUUUAUGGCAAGAAAAAGGAAAAAAAAAAUGGAAAUCUGACCUAUUGUAUAAAAAUCACUAUUUUGUGUGCUCCGCGUGCUAUAGCUUUUGGGGCGGCCCUGCCCAGUCCCCGUGCCCACGGGGCUCCCUCUCCCGGUGGUGAAAGUGUCCACACGUGUGGUAGUCUAGUGUGCCGAGCUGUUUUCUACCUUUUUGUAGUCUUUCUUAAAACAAUAAAUUCCGCUGUGAUAUUUGCCUA